UAAAUCCUUUUGGAGUAUGGGGCAUUGUGGUGGAGUUGUCUUGGUAACUUUGGCCUUGUUCUGUUUCUUUGUUAGUGUCAAAGGAGAAGCUAAUUUUGAGGAUGACUUCUUGUUCUCCUUGGCUGCCAAUCAUGACUAUAAAGAUGCCCUUGGCAAAGGCAUCUUGUUCUUCGAAGGACAACGCUCAGGGAAGCUGCCGUCAAGCCAACGAGUAACUUGGAGGGGCGAUUCUGCGCUCUCUGAUGGCAAGCCUGAGGGUGCGAAUUUGGUGGGGGGAUACUAUGAUGCAGGUGACAAUGUCAAGUUUGUAUGGCCAAUGGCUUUUUCUGUGUGCUUGUUGAGCUGGGCUGCUGUUGAGUACCAGCAAGAGAUAUCUUCCGCCAAUCAGUUAAAACAUCUCCGCGACGCGAUUCGCUGGGGAGCCGACUUCAUACUUGAAGCUCACACUUCACCUACCACACUAUACACCCAGGUAGGAGAUGGAAAUUCAGAUCAUCAAUGUUGGGAGCGUCCCGAAGAUAUGGACACCUCGCGAGCACUCUUCAAAAUCACUUCGAAUUCUCCAGGAAGUGAAGCGGCGGCUGAGGCGGCUGCUGCUCUUGCAGCCGCGUCAAUUGUGUUCAAAGGGGUUGAUUCCAACUACUCCUCAAGGCUAUUAAGAAACUCAGAAUCACUGUUUGAAUUUGCAGACAAAUAUAGAGGAUCUUACCAAGGUUCUUGUCCAUUCUACUGCUCAUACUCUGGCUAUCAGGAUGAGUUGUUAUGGGCUGCUAGUUGGUUAUACAAGGCAAGUCGGAACAAAACGUACUUAAAUUAUGUUUCAAGCAACAAAGGGUGGAGCCAGGUGGUGUCUGAGUUCAGCUGGGACAACAAAUUUGUUGGAGCUCAGACUUUACUAGCAAAGGAAUUCUAUGGAGGAAAGAAGGAUUUAGAGAAGUACAAGAAUGACAUCGAGUCAUUCAUUUGCGCGGUGAUGCCGGGAAGUAGCUCCGUGCAAAUUAGGACAACCCCAGGUGGGCUUUUGUAUACCAGAGAUAGCAGUAAUUUGCAGUAUGUCACGACCGUUACCAUGGCGCUAUUGAUCCACUCCAAGACCAUAAGUGCAGCUCAGAGUGGUGGAGUCCAAUGUGGCUCAGCAAAAUUCUCGGCCUCUCAAAUCAGAGCUUUUGCAAAAUCACAGGUUGAUUACAUACUAGGAAACAAUCCAAUGAAAACCUCUUACAUGGUGGGAUUUGGGAGCAAAUACCCAACACAACUACACCACAGAGGUGCUUCAAUUCCCUCAAUUAGGGUUCACCCAACAAAAGUGGGUUGCAAUGAAGGGCAAAAUCUCUACUUCUCUUCAACCAAACCAAACCCAAACAUUCACGUUGGAGCUCUCGUUGGUGGGCCCAAUUCGAAUGACCAAUUCAACGAUGUCAGAUCAGAUUACUCCCACUUGGAACCUACCUCCUAUAUCAAUGCUGCUUUUGUGGGGUCGGUCGCCGCUUUCUUAGCCGAAAACAAUGAAAACUAUUUGCAACUUUCCCGAGUUAAAACUACAGCCGAACUUUAUACGGCAAAUAUCUAGACAUGAAAUAUAUAAUAUUAUUAUUACCUGUUAGUAAUGACCAAGAUGUAGAAUAAGUUUGGUCUUUGUAAUUAUCAAGGACUAACAUAAUUAAUGACGUAAAACUAAGACAUCUAUUA